AUGACGAACGCAGCGCUAAGUAACCCUCUGAAGGAUAAACCACACAAUGGCCAGGCCUUCUUGCUCAAGGAUAGACCGUACAAUGGCCAGGCCUUCCCGCUCAAGGAUAGACCACACAAUGGCCAAGCCUUCCCGCUCAAGGAUAGACCACACAAUGGCCAAGCCUUCCCGCUCAAGAAUAGACCCCACAAUGACCAAACCUUUCCACUCAAGGAUAAACCACACAAUGGCCAAGCCUUCCCGCUCAAGGAUAGACCAUACAAUGGCCAGGCCUUCCCGCUCAAGGAUAGACCACACAAUGGCCAAGCCUUUCCGCUCAAGAAUAGACCACGCAAUGGCCAAGCCUUUCCACUCAAGGAUAGACCACACAAUGGCCAAGCCUUCCCGUUCAUGGAUAGACCACACAAUGGCCAAGCCUUCCCGCUCAAGAAUAGACCACGCAAUGGCCAAGCCUUUCCACUCAAGGACAGACCACACAAUGGCCAGGCCUUCCCUCUCAAUAAUAUACCACACAAUGGCCAGGCCUUCUUUCUCAAGGAUAGAUCAUACAAUGGCCAGGCCUUUCCUCUCGAGGAUAGACCACACAAUGGCCAAGUCUUCCCGCUUAAGGAUAGACCACACAAUGGCCAGGCCUUCCCGCUCAAGGAUAGACCACACAAUGGCCAAUGCCUUUCUCUGACUAAGUACACCUGA